AUGGCCGCCAUCGUCGCCCUGAACGCGGCUGUCGCCCUCCUGCGCAGCAACGAGGGCCUGCGCGACCUGCGCAGCCCUGUGAUCCCGCUCCCGGACGACCACCACGACCGGCCUCGGCGGUCGGCCUCGCUCUCGUCGACGUCGCGCUCGACCCGCUUCGCGCGCCAGCACUCGCGGUCCCGCCCGGCACCGCUCACCGAGCGCAGCCUGCGCGCGAGCCACCUCUCGUGGCUGAUCCGGCUGCGCGACCUCAAGGCGCGGCUCACGGCGCUCGACGACUGCCGCGCCAAGCGCCUCGAGUCGUGCUGGGCGGGCAAGGCGACGAGGCGCCACAUCCGCGCCGUGCGCAAGGCCGUCGACGAGGCAGAGUGGGUCGAGGACAAGCUGCGUCAGGCCGUCGUGUGGUGCCGCGGGGCGGGAGUGCGCAAGGCGCCCGUCACGUCGCUCCUCUCGGUCGGCCGCAACGGCCUCUCGGCCCGGCCCAAGCACAACGCCUUCCCUCCCACCCUCCUCGAGCUCCCCUUCCCACUCCCGCACGCCCUCGAGGCCAACAUCUACUUCCUCACCGUCCCUCGCCCGCCGCCGCUCGCCCGCCACGACGCGUGGGACGCCGAGCGCGCCGCGCAGAGCCACGAGGCGCCGCCCCGGUACGACGAGGAGCUCGCCGUCGGCGAGACGGUCCUCGAGCGCGGGGGCGACCUCGAUGUCGCGGUCGCGCUCCUCGAGUACGAGCGCGCGAGCCAUGCGCACGACGUCGUCGACGUGUCGAGCACCCGGGCGACCGACUAGAGCGUGCUCUCGCUCCCCUUCCCCUUUACACCAUAGACGUCCACCUCUUUCACGCCCGCGCUGGUUCGCUCUACCCCUCGCCCCUUUGUCGUCGUCUCCCCCAAACCCUCUCGACUCGGCGCAGUCGCUCUCUCUCUCUUGACGUACCAAAUGAUUCUGAAACUCAUGUAGCGAUAGGUAUUG